GGUCAGCAGGCGGAGGUACGCCCAAGAUGGCGGCCUCCAUGUGCGACGUGUUCUCUUUCUGCGUGGGCGUGGCGGGCCGAGCCCGGGUCGCCGUGGAAGUGUGCUUCGUGAGCAGCGCCAAGGGAAAGGGGUUGUUUGCCACACAGCUGAUCCAGAAGGGGGAGACCAUAUUCAUCGAACGGCCCCUGGUGGCUGCACAGUUUCUCUGGAAUGCACUUUAUCGCUACCGAGCCUGUGACCACUGCCUUCGGGCACUGGAGAAGGCAGAGGAGAACGCCCAGAGACUGACUGGGAAACCAGGCCAGGUUUUGCCUCACCCUGAGCUGUGCACUGUGCGCAAGGACCUGCACCAGAAUUGUCCCCGCUGCCAGGUGACGUACUGCAGUACAGAAUGUCUACUAGCCGCAGCUGAGCAAUACCAUCAGGUCCUGUGCCCAGGCCCCUCCCAGGAUGACCCCCUGCAUCCUCUCAAUAAGCUGCAGGAGGCAUGGAGGAGUGUUCACUACCCCCCUGAGACUGCAAGCAUCAUGUUGAUGGCCCGGAUGGUGGCCACGGUGAAACAGGCGAAGGAUAAGGAUCGUUGGAUCAGGCUCUUCUCCCAGUUCUGUAAUAAAACGGCCAAUGAGGAGGAGGAAAUUGUCCACAAACUCCUAGGGGACAAAUUCAAGGGCCAGCUGGAGCUUCUGCGGAGACUCUUCACAGAGGCCCUUUAUGAGGAAGCACUCAGCCAGUGGUUCACUCCAGAUGGAUUCCGGUCUCUCUUUGCUCUUGUUGGGACCAAUGGCCAAGGAAUUGGGACCAGCUCCCUGAGCCAGUGGGUCCAUGCCUGUGACGCUCUGGAGCUGAAGCCUCAGGACCGUGAGCAGCUGGACGCCUUCAUUGACCAGCUGUACAAGGACAUCGAGGCAGCAACUGGUGAGUUUCUUAACUGUGAAGGAUCUGGCCUCUUUGUGCUGCAGAGCUGCUGCAACCACAGCUGUGUCCCCAAUGCAGAGACCUCCUUCCCAGAAAACAACUUCCUUUUGCAUGUCACCGCCCUGGAGGAUAUUAAGCCAGGAGAGGAAAUCUGCAUCAGCUACUUAGACUGCUGUCAGCGGGAGCGCAGCCGCCACAGCCGCCACAAGAUCCUCAGGGAGAACUAUCUGUUCGUCUGUUCCUGCCCCAAAUGUCUGGCAGAGGCUGAUGAACCCAACAUGACCUCUGAGGAGGAGGACGAGGAAGAGGACGAGGAAGGAGAGCCGGAAGAUGCUGAGCUGGGGGAUGAGAUGACUGAUGUGUGAUGUCACCCUGCCUAGAAGUGGUCCUACCCCAGACCCUGCCAGAAGAGGGGGCCUUGCCCCAGAGCAGAGGCUUGGAAGGAACUCCCACUCCUGUUGCCUGCUUUCCCCCCAUGCCAGCUCUGUUUCUUCCAGAGGGUAAGACAGGCUGGACCCUAGGCCCUCCAUCUCCCGCCAGACCUCAUGCCCAGGACACUGCUGCUGAGCGGCUCAGGCUCUGCGUUGUCACUGAGCCUCUCAGAACUGGCCUCCCCCUGAGGUACGGGUGUAAGUGGCUGGAACCAAGGUCACGGCCUAACAGUGUUUCUUCCCCUUGGCCCCAUGGCCCCGCUUACUCAUCCACCUGAGGCUUCACCCUCCUCAACUCACUGUUGGUGGGGGGGCGGUUGGGUCACAAAGUGGCAACCUGAGAACAGCCUGACUCCACUGAAGAAGAGAGGGGGUUAGACACCCUUACCCUCUUCCCCACUAGCACAGCUGGGAGAGGCAGGAGGGAGGAACUGGGCCUCCAGAGUACCUUCCCUAAGGCUUUCUGCGGG